CAGCCACUUUCUCGCGAGGGUCGAAGUCAGUGACGACAACCACCAACCUUCCCGUUGCGGGAAUGGGCAGCAACGGUCCGCAGUGCGCCCACUGUGGCUGGCGCGGUGGCGGACACGCCCCGAACUGCCCUUUCAGUAUGUCCAUUUCUGUCGCUGGGACAGCGUCUCUGAUGCCACUGUAGGAUAAGCAACCCAACACUCAAACGACAGUCGCUGUCUCGCGGCUUCCGAGAUUCAGUCAGUCCGAAUGUACCAUACUCAUACGCUCUCCUCUCUGUAAUUGCCGAACGUUUCUGUCUCGCACUGUACACGACCCACGUUUUUGAAUAUGAAACUCUUUGCAUCAGGUUUCGUUGUGCUUUCUACGGUGUAAGAAUCCAAGUCUAUCUUCGUCUCGUGCCGCGCCAGCACAGCUGGACCUGAUUUGCGCCCGCAAUGUGGCAUGCUUUCUCGCGUUGCGUGUCAGCGUUUGACAUUUGGAAGUGCCAAGUGCUG